GGUGGAAUAAACGGUCCACGAGACAGAGGCACCAUCGCACGGAGCUGGGACUGGGACUCUGGGCGGGAGGAGGACCGGAGAACUCCAACUCUCGAGUCUCGAAGGCUCAGCGGGGUCCAAACUCCAAAGCCGACGAGGAACAAGAGGAGCCCGGCUCCGCACGCGGGAGCGAGAGGAUCGCCGGCGCAGGAUGUGGUGCGCGUCGUGCUUGGCGUCCGCCUGCGCGGGCUGCACCUGCAACCUCUGCGCGUCGGCGGCAUCGGCCGUGUCCCGCCGCUCCGCGCGCCUCGCCUACUGCGGCCUCUUCGCCGCCUCCCUUAUCCUCUCCUUCUUGCUCCGCCAGUUCGCCGCGCCGCUCCUCAAGCAUAUCCCAUGGAUAAAUGCAUUUGAUCAAACACCACCAGAAGAAUGGUUUCAAAUGAAUGCUGUUCUUCGUGUAAGCCUGGGGAACUUCUUGUUUUUUGCAACAUUUGCUCUCAUGAUGAUUGGUGUGAAAGACCAGAAUGAUCGGCGAGAUGCAUGGCACCAUGGUGGCUGGAUUGCAAAGGUUGCUGUAUGGGCUGUUCUCAUUGUUCUUAUGUUCUGUGUGCCAAACAUUGUUAUUACUAUUUAUGAGGUACUUUCGAAGUUUGGAUCUGGCUUCUUUCUCCUAGUACAGGUUGUGAUGCUUUUAGACUUCACAAAUAAUUGGAAUGACUCAUGGAUUGAGAAAGAAGAGCGAAAAUGGGAAAUAGCUUUGCUGGUAGUGACUGUGGUUUGCUAUCUCUCUACAUUCGCCUUCUCUGGUGUGCUCUUCAUGUGGUUUAAUCCCUCCGGUCAUGACUGUGGUCUCAAUGUGUUCUUUAUUGUCAUGACAUUCAUCCUUGCUUUUGCAUUUGCAAUAGUUGCUUUGCAUCCCCAGGUCAAUGGAAGCGUUAUGCCUGCUUCUGUCAUUUCUGUUUACUGUGCAUACCUGUGCUACACAAGUCUCUCAAGUGAACCGGAUGACUAUGAGUGCAAUGGGCUUCACAGGCAUUCUAAGCAGGUUUCAUUGGGUGCUCUUAUACUCGGGAUGCUCACGACGGUGCUCUCUGUUGUGUACUCUGCAGUUCGUGCUGGAUCUUCGACUACAUUCCUUUCGCCGCCAUCAUCUCCUAGAUCUGGAGCCAAAAACCCAUUACUCGGUGAUGAGGAGGAUGGCAAAGGCGAUGGCAAAGAAAGCGAACCGCGCCCCGUGAGCUAUUCCUACACCUUCUUCCACCUCAUCUUCGCCCUUGCAAGCAUGUAUUCAGCCAUGCUCUUGACUGGCUGGACGAGCGCUGCAUCAGAGAGAUCAGAGCUGAUGGAUGUUGGAUGGACAACCGUCUGGGUGCGCAUCUGCACAGAGUGGGUCACCGCCGCGUUGUACAUCUGGACCCUCAUCGCCCCACUGCUCUUCCCAGACCGUGAUUUCUCCUAGGCACCCCGCACCGAUAGCCUAUGAGUUGUUUAGUAUUGUUAGUUGCAGAUUGUGAAUAUGAAUAAGCAGAAGUUGGGAAUUGGUAGGGAUCUGGUAUUAUCUGUAUGCUAUCUGGCUUGCCUAAUGUGGUGGUAGUGGUUAGUACCUGUUUGUGUGGCCUUGUAGAAAAUAUGUUUCGGCCGAGUGUUGGUUGUGGAUUUUAAAGUCAUAGCUAUAUGUGACAUGAGGUCAAGUUGCGGUUGACUCUGUAAUGACGACAGUUAUCAUUUGUAAAGAAUACCGUCUAUUGCUCGUAAUUCGUGUUUAUAGACCUGCA